GUGAAUAUUUGGAGGAAUAUUUUGUGGAGUGUGGUGGUUGUAAUCAUGGCCGCUAGACGUGUUGAGAUGUUCCUUCUGUCGAGAAGUGUGCAUGAUCUGUACACACUAACCAAGGAGGAAUUAUGUUCAGUGGCUGAGAGGUUUCAAGUGGAGUUGAAAUCCAAGAAAAAGGAGGAAAUGCAGGCGGAGUUGAAAAAUGCUCUUGUGGAGAGGAGCUGGUUUGAAAAUGAUGGUGGUGAAAGUGAGGAUAAUGGUGAGGAGAGUGUAGGGGAAGGUGCUGGGGUCAGUGAGAUAAACCUGGGUGCUUUUGGUGGAACAGAUGGCCUUUCUAGUAGUGAAAAAUUUGAGUUAAUGAAACUUCAAAUACAGAUGCAGAAGGAACAGAAACAGCAAGAGAUGGAGUUAAAGAGGGAACAGAAGCAGCAAGAGAUAGAGUUAAAGAGGGAGCAAAUACAGAUGCAAAAGGAGAUUGAGAUAGAAAAAAUUAGAGCAGAAAGUAAAAAUAAAGUGAACGGGACCAGGGCAGGAAAUGGUGCUCAAGGCAACGGGGAUUUAGAGAGAAGGGCCAUCAGUAUGCCUAACUUUGUGGAAGGGGAGGAAGAAAACUUCUUUUUUCAAUUUGAAAAGGCUGCAAAGAUGAUGGGAUGGGAUGAAAAUGAUUGGGCAAUAAUAGUCCAGUCUAAAUUUGAGGGAAGGGCCCGAGCGGUAUAUGUGAAUUUGAGUGAGCAAGAGGCGCGUGAUUAUGAAGUGGUAAAGGAAGCGGUGUUGGGAUCAACCCUUCUAUGUCCGGAUGUGUACCGGGAAAGGUUCCGCAGGACGACAAAACGCCCAGGUGAUACUUAUCUCGGGAUGGCUCGAGAGGUUAUCCUUAAACUGGACCGGUGGCUGAAGGCCGAGGAAGCCACUACGCUUGAAGAGGUAAAAGGAGUUAUACAGAUGGAACAAUUUAUGAGCCAAAUGCCCCUCAGUGUAAGAUGUGAGCUCGCAUCACACGACGUGAAAGACGUGAUGGAAGCCGGACGCAGAGCUGACAAGUACUGUGCGGUCCGUGGGAUGAACGGAGAUGAACACCAUGAAGGGAGAAAGCCAUUCUCCAGCAGAAAUGAUGGUCAUCAGAGAUAUAAGAAUGACAGUCAGAUGAGCUCGACAUCAGUCCACAGAUCAAACCAGCCCCGCCCUAACAACUAUAGUUUUCCCCACACUUACACCAUGCCCCCGCCAGCCGACCACAACAUGAGGUCUGCGCCCUAUGGGAGUAGGCCCAGGAGCACUACCUAUUACCAGAAGGGUAGUGGGGAUGAAGGUGCAGUUAAGUGCCUUGGAUGUGGAAGUAGCGGGCAUAGGAAGUUCCAGUGUCCGAAGGGACGGCCGAAGCCAGUGGGAGCAGUUGCCGCCCAAAGAGACCUGAUAAAGUAUGUGGAGAAUAUGAAUGCAGAGAUACAAGAGGAGCCGCCGAAAGAUGAGGGCUUUGAGCACUUCACCAGUAAGGGCACAGUGAAAGUGGAGGGAAGCCCAGAGAAGGUGAUCAGAAUCCUUCGGGAUACGGGAGCUAACCAGAGCCUGAUCUUAAGUAGUGUACUCCCAUGGAAUGAGGAGACCAGCACUGGCAGAGAGGUCUCAUGCAAGGGUGCAGGGGGCCAGUUCAGUAUUCCCCUGCACAAAGUUUGGCUGGACUGUGGAUACGUCACUGGAGAGGUGACGGUGGGAGUGAAGGAGGCACUGCCCGUAGAUGGAGUGGAUAUGCUGGUUGGGAACGACCUGGCUGGAGGUCGAGUUAUCCCUAAACUUCAGAUGGUAGACAACCCUCUGAUAGGGAUGACGGAAACCACCACUCCAGCAGCAGUCCCUCACUCAACAGAUGGGGAGGCAGAGGUGCCUGAAUUGUUCCCAGUCUGCGCAGUGACCCGAGCGAUGGCCCGGAAGGAACGCAUGGACACCGAGGGAGCAACGCAGGAGGACGAAGGCCUGGGCGUUCUGUUUGAGGAACCUGAUGAAAAAGGAACUAACCCGGAGUGCGCGAGUGGUGGACCGGUUGUAGGUCAGGUGGGGCCCAACCUUGAUUUUCUGGUAGAAAAGAACGAGUUGAUAAAAGUUCAGGAGAGUGAUGAAAGCUUGAAGUCUGCUUGGAAUGAGGCUAACAGGCUGGGUGAGCUUGACAAUGAGUACGUGGGCUACUACGUGAAUAACGGGGUAUUAAUGAGAAGUUGGAGGCCCCUGACAGCCCCAACCUCCGAUCACUGGAUGGUGAAAAGGCAGAUUGUGGUGCCAUGGGUGUAUAGGAAGAAAAUUUUGGAGAUGGCACACGAAGGUAAUCUGGCAGGACACCUGGGGGUCAGAAAAACCCUAGGAAAGAUCCUGUGUCAUUUUUACUGGCCCGGAGUGAGAGGUGAUGUGAAAGAGUUUUGUAAAACUUGUGGUUUGUGUCAGAAGGUGGGCAAGCCGAACCAGGUGAUUCGCCCUGCCCCCCUUCACCCUAUACCUGUGGUCGAGGAACCAUUCAGUAAGGUGGUGAUAGACUGUGUAGGUCCUUUACCAAGGACCCGGAGGGGGAACCAGUACUUGCUGACUAUUAUGUGUAUGUCAUCCAGGUUUCCUGAGGCCAUUCCCCUCAGGAGUAUAAACUCUAAAAACAUUGUGAGGGAACUGGUGAAAUUUUUCUCCUGGGUGGGAAUUCCUAAGGUGUUGCAGUCAGACCAGGGAAGUAAUUUCACUUCUCGUGCGUUCAAGGAAAUCCUAAGGGGUCUAAAGAUUGAACAGAGACUGUCGAGUGCUUAUCACCCUCAGUCUCAGGGUUGUGUAGAAAGAUUUCACCAAACUCUCAAAAACACUCUCAGGAUGUAUUGUGAGGAGAUGAGUGUUCAGUGGGAUGAGGCAUUGCCACUAGCCUUAUUCGCGUUAAGGGACAGUGUGCAGGAGUCAACUGGUUUCAGCCCAUUUGAGUUAGUGUAUGGCCAUGAGGUGAACGGUCCUUUAAGGAUGGUGAAAGAAAAAUGGUUAGGAGUAGAGGAGCCUCAUACUGUGGUGAAAUAUGUAUCUGAUUUCAAGGACAGAUUGAUGAGAGCUAGGGAAAUUGCUCGGGAAAAUCUGAAAAAUAGUCAGAGUGAAAUGAAAGGCUGGUAUGACAAGAAGGCGAGGGCCAGAUCUUUCCAGCCUGGGGACAAGGUCUUGGUUCUUUUCCCAUUGCAGGGUGAUCCUUUCAAAGCCAGGUUCAGCGGGCCUUGGGAGAUUGAGAGAAAAAUGAGUGAUGUAAAUUACAUUGUAAAAACUCCAGGGAGGAAGAAAAAGAACCAGUUGUGUCAUGUGAACAUGCUGAAGCCAUUUCACGAAAGGGACAGAGAAAAUGGAGAUGAUGUAGUAGGAGGAGUAAGAGCUGUGAGUGUUGUAAAUGUAACCACUGAGGCGGAGGAGAAGUGGUCUGAAGUGAAAUUGAGCAGGUGUGAAGGGAUGGUGCUAGAGAACUCAGCUGUGUUAGGGAAUUUAAAUGAUAAACUGUGGCACAUGGAGCUGGAGAAGAGGGAGAGGAUUAGGGAGAUAAUUGAAAGGUUCAGUUCUUUGUUCCCUGAUGCACCUAGAAAAACUAAUGUGGUGGUGCACGAUGUGGAUGUUGGGGAGGCUGAACCCAUCAAACAGCAUCCCUACAGAGUUAACCCGCAGAAAAGAGAGAUCAUGAGAAAAGAAGUAGAGUAUAUGCUGGAACACGACUUGAUUGAGCCCAGUGAGAGCCCAUGGAGCUCGCCAUGUGUACUGGUGCCCAAGCCUGGUCAAGAGAGUUUCCGUUUCUGUACGGACUAUAGGAAGGUUAACAUGGUGACAAAACCUGAUGCUUACCCUAUCCCUAGAGUUGAUGACUGUAUAGAUCAUGUGGGAAGUGCCAACUUCAUAACAAAAAUUGACUUGUUAAAGGGAUAUUGGCAAGUAGGACUCACUGAGAGGGCAAAAGCCAUAUCAGCUUUUGUCACCAUGGAUGGAUUAUACCAGUACAAAGUUCUUCCGUUUGGGAUGAAGAACAGUGGGAGUUCUUUUCAGAGGUUAAUGAACAGAGUACUGAAGGGCUUGAAGGGAUGUUCUGUGUACAUAGAUGACAUAUUGUUGUACACUGAGAGUUGGGAAGAACAUGUGCAGCUGCUGGAGGAAGUAUUCAGGAGGCUGGAUGAUGCCAACCUUACUGUCAACUUAGCAAAAAGUAAUUUCGUGCAAGCUGACGUGGAGUACUUAGGCUUCAAGGUUGGGAAAGGUGAAGUGAGAACCGUGGAAGCCAAGGUGAAGGACAUUGUAAAUCUCCCUCCACCCACCAAUAGGAAGGAGAUACUGAGAUUCUUAGGGGCCAGUGGAUAUUACAGGCGAUUUUGUAAGAAUUUCUCUGAUGUUGCCAUGCCCCUGACCAAGUUGCUGAAUAAGAAGUCAAAAUUUUGUUGGGAUAAGCUUUGUGAGGAAGCUUUUGUGGAGAUUAAGAAAAUGUUAGUCAGUGCCCCGGUGCUGCGCAUGCCUGAUUAUGAAAAACCAUUUGUAUUGUACGUGGAUGCCAGUCAGAAUGGUGUGGGUGGUGUGUUAAUGCAAGAACAUGAGGGAAUGGAGCACCCCAUAGGCUAUUAUUCUAAGAAGUUGUUACCAUAUCAAAGGGCUUACAGCACUAUUGAGAAAGAGGCUUUGGGCUUAGUGCUGAGUUUGAGUCAUUUUGAAGUGUACGUCAAAGGGACGGGACAGCCUGUGCAGGUCUUCACCGACCACAAUCCACUCAUAUUCUUGCAUAAAAUGAAAAACUCCAAUCAGAGGCUGAUGAGGUGGUGCCUGGUCUUACAGGACUAUAACUUAGAGAUUCACCAUGUGAAAGGCAGUGAGAAUAUUAUUGCCGAUGCCUUGUCCCGCGCACCGCCUAGUCGUGAGGCAUCCUAAUCAGGUGCCUCACGCCUCUUUUGGGAAGGGGAUGUCAUGUUAUUGGCCGAGUUUACCUUGAAUGGGAUCACGUUUUCUUAGUGUCCCCGUGUUCCGGUUACCUGCCAUUCAGACAUUAUCCUUAUUAUUGUUAUAAGUAGUGUAAAGCUUAUUUACCCAUUUUAUAUCAUGUAGUAUUAUUCUCUUCAUAAUUUAAGUUCUCUAUAUCUUUAUAUGUAUAAGGAAGGGAGUAUAAUUGGGGUGAAAUACGUUGAAAACGAGGGGAGCUUGAGUGGGCAACAACACAUUCCAAGGAGGGGAAAAAUCAGAGCGCCUUAGGUCGUGAGGAAAGGUGGAGGGAAGGCGUCUCUCAGGGAAGGAUUUUGGUGUGGAUUGGUGAUGGAGUGAGUUCGUGGAGGUGUUAGUGGUGUAGCGGUAUAACCUUGAUAUCCAGGAUCAGGUGAAACAGUGGUGGCGGUGGCGGUGUUGGAGCGACCUGGUACAAGAAGUGUCUGUGUCCUCGGUAUUAACUGAGUGGUGCAUGUAGCGCAAGGAUUGCAGGGGUGAAACCACAUACUAUAGAGAUUUACUUGUUGCAUAACGUAUGAUCUGUGUUGAGAAUAUUAGCACCACUAAGCCUGCACCGCUGGGGACAUGAAGGCGCUGCCACCAUGGGAGCACCACUCGCGCCUCUGCUGCUUCCUGACAG